CCGCUCCUUCAUUACCCGUGAGGGACGGAGAAUCCAAAAAUGGAAGAAGAGCACGCAGAUGCAAUGCAGGGAGAUUCGGCGCACCACCACCGGCGCCUGAGCAUAGCCGCCACACUCUCGCUGCCUCUCACUCGCUGUAUCAGACGUCUGAUGGAGGCCGGGGCCGGCGACGGCGACAGCGACAGUGGCUACUCUUACUCCAAGGCCGUCAUGGUCCUUGAUCUCAUAUGGAACAUGUCAUUCGUUGUGGUUUCGGUUUUGGUUCUCUUGUCUGCGAUUCGUGAGAGGCCUUCCACUCCCUUGAGAGCCUGGCUCUCCGGUUACGCUUUCCAGUGUGUCUUCCAUGUUGCUUUCGUCUUUCUUGAGUGUCGGAGUAAGGAUCGGAGUGAUCUUGCCGGCGAGGCUGGGCUUUCAUCACCCCAAAAUUAUAUCAGCAUUGUGAAAAGGCUGGAGUCAUUGAAUACAAUAUUGUCAUCCAUUUGGUGGGUGAUCGGAUUCUAUUGGAUUGUCAUGGGUGGCCAAUUACUCCCGCAAGAAUCUCCCCGUCUCUACUGGUUAACAGUGAUCUUUCUAGCCUUUGAUGUGUUCUUCAUAAUCUUUUGUCUUGGGAUGGUGUGUAUCAUAUUCUUUGCUCUCUUCUGCUUCAUGCCUAUUGUAGCAAUUGCUUGUGCUAUUGCAACCAGACAAGGUGCUUCUGAAGAUGAUAUCAAGCAACUUCCCAAGUAUAGAUACCACAAUUCUAGUCUAAUGAGAACACCAAAUAAUUAUACGGAAGAAAAUUGCAGGACAAGCUUACAGUUAGGGAGCAAAAGCUUAGACAGUGAAUUUAUUCUUCCUCCAGAUGAUUCUGAAUGCUGCAUCUGCCUUUCUCAAUAUUUAGAAGGGGCAGAGCUACACAUUCUUCCUUGCAACCACCAUUUCCAUUCUCAAUGCGUUAGCAAAUGGCUCCGGAUAAACGCAACAUGCCCACUCUGCAAGUUCAACAUUCAAAGAGGUGACACAUUGGUUUGACCACUGUACCUCUCCUUUAGUCAAAACACUCCACCAGACUGUGUAACAUAGUUAUGGACAGAUGAAGCGAGAAAGAAUGAUUAAGAAGGAAACCUACCAAUGAUGAAAGCAAAAGAAACAACAUAAUUUAAGAUGCCAAAAAGCCCUCCUUUUGUACAUAGAAUUUUUAGCUAGUUUCAUUUCAUUUUCAUCACUAUUUUCAAGUUCCACUGAGGGAUGCAUAUUUUGUACAUGUCAAAAAGGACAAGCUACUCGGAGUUUGAUUGUUUGUCAGAGCAUUUUGGCCAUGAAAUCCAUUGCUCUAUUAAUCAACGUAGCCAUAGAAUGAUACUAAGCAUGCUGCUUUCACCACGUUAUAAUAUUGAUCA